GAACCUUGCUCAUGUGUCAUGCAGGAAUGCUGCAUUCUGCUGCGGGUUUGUGGAUUUAGAGAUUAAAGCCGAGCAGAUCAAACCCUGACCUGGAGCUUGGGAACAGCAGACAGGGGCCAGAUGGAAACGCUGCCACAGAUGAGGCCUAGCCGUUGGUGUGCUUAUGUGUUCAGUCGCUCCUCUCCUGUGGUGUUGUGUCCUCAGAUCUGCCGCUCUUUGCUGUGCGCUAACUGGUGUCGGCAGAGCUUAAUAAGAUAGAGAGGUCAAGUUGCGUAUUGAUUAAAGCUUGCUGUAAUUCAGUUUCCGUGUGUGUUCAGAUGGCCAGUGAGUUCUUUAGGCUCUUUAACUAAAGGGAUGGAAGAAGGAAAGAAGCAAGCCAGUGUGGGUUUAUUCUUGUUUACUGUUAAGCCUCAAGAGUUUGACAAAAAAAUAAAAUGUACAAUGAAGGCUUUUGUGCUAAUCCAGAAAAGAGCUGGCCGUCGGUCAAAGGCCUGUGCUUAAAAUGUCAAGUGGACGGAGCAACAAAGUGCUGUAACUUUGGGACAGGGAGAAAAGAACAAAGAGCCAAUGGACAGCUUCAGAGAAACACAAUCCACUUAUGGUGAAAUGUCUCUGGAAGCAGAUGUUGACAGCAUGGUGACCCUCCACCUCCUUGCUGAUCCUGGCUGUGGCCAUAACCUGUUUAGCUCUGUGGCUGAUCUUUUACACAAGCUUGGUGUGACCUCCCAGCUGUUCUUGGUGUCGGAGCGAGAGGCCUGCUGUGGCGCUCCUAGGCUCGCUAACAAUUGCGUCAUGGCACAUCCAAUCUUUAGGCAGCCAUCCUUGGCAGUGGUCUUCUUUGUGCAAGAGGAGAGUGAUAACUUGCAGGAUAAUAGGGCUCUGCAACUCUUCAACAAGUGCUUCAGCCGUUCACCCUGGUGCUACCAUCACACUGAGCUUGCCAGUUCAUGUCGUCCCAUCCUGCCGUACAUGCCAGGCAAUCAGGAUUUCUAUAGUCUCGCUGGAGCUCAAGACCUGCCACUCUGGGCAAUCCGCCAAGUGCACUAUGGGAAAGAAUUGUUACGUUUUAGCCUUUACUGCAGUCACAUGAUGUUUUCACGCAAUGUGUUGCUGUACCGUGCUCUUCUAGGUCAGGAGGUCACCCUUGCCCGUGAAGGAUUCUGCUGUUUUACUGUUGGCAGUCGCAAUCAACACUUUGAAGUUCAGCUGGCACUGAAACAGCUGCCUCCUGAGAUGACGCCAUCUCUGGUCUCUUCUGCUUUUUUAGAAUUUUGGGUCCCUGGUGUGGAAAACCUGAACCUGCCCAAAGUCCUCAAUCCCCUUAGCCACUGCAGAUGGCAAACAGAGGACUAUGAUGGAAACGUCAUUGUGCUUCAGGUGAGGCAUCAAUCCACGUCAGUAAGCCAUAGUACUCAACAAGUCAAGACUCUCCAAGAAGCAUCCCAAAGCUCUCCUUGCUCGUCUGAGAUACUCAGGGUGUCCUCUUUUCUGCCUCAGAGUCUCCUGGAAUAUCGCAGAUCCAGUUCAGUCGGUGGCAGAAUCAGAGAUGCAAGAGGAGGGACGAGUCGGCUCACCCAGAGUACUCCAUCAUCCUACCAUCAUGGUGACAAUUCCCUCAAUUCUUCAGUCAUGUCUGUUGAAAAGUUCCAGAUAAUUGGCAGCACCAGAAUUUCCCAAUCAUGUCUACGUCAAGCUGCUUUGGCCGUUGAUGUGACUGACACACAAACUCCAAGCAAAGGGAGGACUUUCUGUUCAUCCUCCUCUGCAAAAUGUUUCCCUGAAGCCACCAGAGAGAGAAAGGAGUCUACUGACUCAGAGGAGUUUUACAUUUAAAGGCCAACUGCCAGGCCCAUCAUGAUACAAGUGUUUGUAAGUGAUGGUUUUUGUUUUCUAAUUAUGAAGAAUGGCAAGAAAUAGACAGUAUGUAUCAGUACGUACAAGAUGCACACUAAUAAAGACCAGAUUGCCAAUUUGACUUGUUCAUUCAGAGGGGAAAGUGACCUCAGUCUAGAAAUUUCAGCAACAUAUGCAGAGUGUGACCUGAUUUGGGGGUAAAGUUCAUGUCUGGCAUUUGGGCUUCAAGAUGACAUUUUUGAAAUUUCCAACACUGAGUUUUUAUACAACCACAAUGCUGCCAGUUUCCUUUAAUUGAAUUAAAUCUGAUUUAUUUUCAAAAGCAGGUAGGAGGAAUACAGAAUGUGCUCUGAACUGCUUUAGCGUGACGUGUGCAUGGAGUGUUCAGUAAUGUUCAGAUGUGCUAG